AUGGAUUCGUCAUCAUCAUCAUCAUCAGUAAACAUAGAUGAUAUGGAUGACUUAUUGGAUAUUAAUUUGAUUAUUCACAUCAAAUCUUUGAUUUCAUUGCUGAAACAAACUUUAUGUUCUGAAUGUAAUCAUUUAUGGGAUGGUUCAUCACCACAAGUCCAAGAUGGUAGACGUCAAGAAAUCAAUGCUCGACUAGAACUUGGUGCUACACUAUGUGGCUUAGGUUAUAAUGGGAUAAUAAAAUUAUUAGGUACAUUGAAUCUACCACCACCAACACAACAACGAAAAUAUAGUGAAACACAAGAAUUUAUUUUAAAUUAUGUUGAAAAGUGUCAAGAACAAUCAAUGAUCGCUGUUGUUGAAGAAGCAAUUGCUGAAACUGGUAGUGCACGAGAGCUAACACUUAGUGGAGAUGGUGCAUGGCUUACACGUGGUCAUACAAGUGUACACGGCGUUCAGCUAUGUAUUCCACAACAAAGCAUCCAAAAAUUUUAG